GGGUCCGCGAGGACGGACGGUGGCCCAGUCUCUCUGGAUUCCCCGUUUUCUCUCGAUCGUCUUUCUCUGGGACUCGCUCUUGGUUCCACAGAGGACCCACUUCCCAUCCCGGUAUCAGGCUCUUGGCCGCCGCGUGCUAGGAAGGACUCGAACCCCGGACCCGCGGCCAGGACUUGUCACUCCCCUUCCCUUGGCCUCGGAUCCCUCCUGAGAGGCCCCCUGGGUGCCUGCCCCUCGUGGGGUUCGAAAGGGCCAUUGAGAACAUCAGCUGCCCCCGUAGGAGCCGCCUUCCUCCGCCCUGACCAUCCAGAAGCCUUCGUGCUUGGCGAUGGAUGUAACUGUUUCAGCAUAGUUCCCAUGUGGUCUCAGCCUGAGAGAACUGACUUUGCAAAAGAGACAGAUCCACCAAGAAAGAAACUCCUAAGAGAGUUGUUGACCUUCCAAAACUGACAUGCACAUUUUUAGGUCUCUCUCAACCUGUUAGCAAAAGUAGUUCACGAUACAGUAUUUUAUUCUUUAUUCAUUGGAGGCACGGUACUCUAGGAAGUGGAUUAAGAACUGCUGAUCUUAAAUAUUUUGAAAAUACACUAGAAUUUCACCAUAACAACAUUCGUGUCUCAGGAAUUCAAAAGUCAGAACAAAAAAAGAACUUUGACACCAUGCAUCAGAAAGCCAAAUUCUUCCUCCAAACUCUGAAGUUUAGUAUUGCUGACUUUGGAAAAUACAUGCAGAAGCAGCCUCAUGAUCACCAUCAUCUUCUUAACCAUUGUCCUUGGAUAAAAGUGAGAAAAUGUCACAGCUUUAAGUGUUUGCAAAAUAAAUGCAAGAAAUUCACAUCAGGAAGAAACAUCACAAGCCAGAGAUUCUCCUAUGCGGAUCUUCUGAAUAUUGAACAAGAGAACACAAAAUCCCUUUUAAUAAAUUACACGGAUUCGAUGGAAAGAUUCAAGAAGAAAAUAGAAGCAUUCUAUGACAAACACUUACUCACUUUGGACAGCUUAGAGAUUAGAUUUGGUGAUUUUGUUUAUUAUGAAGAAGAUGGUUGCAUAUUUCGUUUAAAACUUGGAGAUGGUAUUGAUAAUUGUGAAGUUUUACUCCGUUUGGAAGAGCUUUCAUUAUAUAAUGCCUUUGUUGAACGUAUCAGGAUUUCUCCAGGGGAGGAGUACAUGGCAGCCAGCAUAAAAACCUCCGAUUCUGAAGAGUCUACAUGUGUAAUUGUUAAGCUUGGCAAGCAUCCAGAAGUGGAGGACUUCAUUCCCAAUGUGUUCAGUUUUGAAUGGGCACAGGAUGGCAUUUUAUUAUACACUUCCCUAAAGAAUCUUCGGUGUUGUGAUGUAUUUCGAACUAGCUUUGGGAGUAAAAAGCAUACUGAACGCAUCUACACAGAACAAGAUCCAAGAUUUUUUGUGGACCUGUAUCGUACAAGAGACAAGUGCUUCCUCACCAUAAAUAGUAAUAGCAAGACUACUUCUGAAGUGUGGCUGGUAGAUUGUCAUCAGCCUUGGAAUCUACCAGUCCUUGUCCAAAAGAGAAAUCCUGGGGUUAUGUACCAUAUUGAGCAUAGAAACAAUGAGUUAUAUAUUCUCACAAAUUAUGGAGAGCCUGCAGAAUACAAGUUAAUGAAGACAUCAGUCAAUUCCUGUAGUAUGAAGAAUUGGCAGCUUAUUUACGCAUUGAAAAGAAAAACCAAGCUUAUUGACAUGGUGAUGUUCAGGGAUCACUGUGUUAUGUUUCUGAAGUACUGCAAUCAACUUUAUCUCAAUACAAUUUCAUUAAAUGAUCAUUCGGUUCAGUCUCUCAAGCUCCCUGCAUGGGCCUGUGCAUGCCGGCUGGAUCCCCAGCCACAAGACAGCAGCAGUGAUGCCUGCUCAUUUCGGCUCUCCUCUCCCAUACAUCCUCCAAGGCAUUUUAUAUAUAUGUUAGGAAAAGGCAGUCUCUAUGAGCAAGCUGAGCAAGAGGAACCAGUCUUGACAGAUUGUCACAUGGCACGCUUAGAAGCAGAAAGCGAGGAUGGAACGUUAGUGCCGGUGACAAUAUUUUAUAAAAGAAAUUCUGAGGGCUUACAGAAAAAACCUCUUCUUAUUCAUGUAUAUGGAGCUUAUGGGAUAGAUUUAGACAUGAAUUUCAAAGCUGAGAAUCGCAUGUUAAUUGAAGAUGGAUGGAUAUUAGCAUAUUGCCAUGUUAGAGGUGGAGGCGAAUUAGGCCUCACCUGGCAUUCUGGCGGCUGUCUGAAAAGUAAACUCAAUGGCCUUGCUGACUUAGAGGCAUGUAUAAAGUUCCUUCACAACCUGGGAUUUUCUGAGCCCGCAUCAACAGCCCUUACAGCUUAUAGUGCUGGAGGUAUACUAGCAGGAGCAUUGUGUAAUACCAAUCCCAGACUCAUCAGGGCUGUGGCUUUACAGGCACCUUUUCUGGACAUUCUCAAUACCAUGCUGGACGUGCAGCUCCCUUUGACCAUCGAAGAACUAGAGGAGUGGGGAGACCCUUCAUCUGAUAAUAAAUACAUGGACUACAUAAAAAGUUACUGCCCCUACCAAAACAUCAGGCCCCAGACUUAUCCUUCAAUUAUAAUCACAGCCUAUGAAAAUGAUCAACGUGUACCUCUAAGAGGAAUAUUAAAAUAUGCUCAGAGACUCAGAAAAGUUAUCAUGGAGCAAAGACACAACAGAGAUCAUGGAAGAAAGAUUCCUAAUAUUAUUUUAGAUGUUAAGCCUGGAGGAAGCCAUGCUGCAGCCUUUUGGGAGGACUCCAUAAUUGAGGUUGCCAAACAUCUUGCUUUUCUGUACAAAGAACUUGGACUUGGUGACACUGGUCCCCUCGACUAAUACCCAUUUUAAGACAAGAUGGACGCUGAAAUGUGUCUCAUGCAGUGGCCUUGAGUGCUCCAGAAAUGCAAUAAGUUACAGUCUCAUGCUAUGUUGGGGUUGGCAGAGCUCUUUAGAAUUCUGUAACCCAUCAAAAGCCUUGUCUUUGCCUAGGCUGGUACUUCACCGUCCCAUCCAGUGGUGCCCAGAAGCUCCUCUGCUCAGAUCUCUCUGUUCUUAACUGCAGCCUCCUUUCUUAGAGUUUGGGGAGUUAACAAAGGCAGUCCAACUGAGAACAGAGGAAAGGUUUUAAGUUUGUUUGGGUUUUUCCUAUGCCUAAACUGAUUGAAACAAGAUAAAAUUCUUCACAUUGAAAUUAAUAAAAUCAGACUCCCUGAUUGCAUCUCAAUGACUUUUGAGGUGCAUCUAGGUGGUGCAGGGGAGAGAGCAUGGGACUUGGGAUCAGGAAAAUAAGAGCUCAGAGCCUGCCUCAAUCACUUACUAGCUGUGUGACUCCAGGCAAGUCACUUAACCUCUCAGCCUGUUUCCUCAUCUGUGAGAUGGAGAUAAUGAUAGCCCCUACCUCCCCGGAUCAAAUGAGAUGACAUCUGUAAAGCUCUGUGCUAACCUAAAAGUGCUGAACAAAUACUAUUCACAAGCCCUUUAGUUUCAUUGGUAUAAUUUGCACAUUAUAGUUGCUGAGGACCUUAGGGGGUGGGCCUUGCUCUUGGUCAUCUGAUGCCUGGGCUGGGGUCUUCUUAACUUGCAAGCCAGCCCUAUCCAAUGAGCCAUGCUGCCUCUCUUCUCAUUGAAUACUACUUCAAUAAAUAACU